AGUAACUAUUGUGGUAUUCGAAGAGUGUUUUGGCUUCCGGUUCAGUUUUGGUGCUUGAUCGAAAAAAUAAGUGCAAAAUUAUACAUCAUUAAGGAUUUCGGAAUUUAAAAAUGAAAAAUAUAGAUAAUGAUGGAGCUAGUUCGAAGAGUGGUAGCCAGGCGAGCCAAGGGACAGGCACAACAGAGGAGAAUAAACACUUGAACUUCUUGCAGCAGUUAUUGGCACGGUUUAGAGUUGCUGCACCAGAAGAGGAAGAGAAGGAAAAACCAGAACAACUACUUGAAGAAGUAACGUUUGAAGGAGCUGCUAAAUACAUCAAGUCUGAGAAAUGUAAAAACAUUAUUGUCAUGACAGGAGCUGGAAUCUCGACAGCAGCAGGUAUCCCUGACUUUAGGUCUCCUGGCACUGGUCUCUAUGACAACCUACAGAAGUAUAACCUACCAUCUCCACAAAGUGUAUUUGAAAUUGGAUACUUCAGGGAAAAUCCUGAACCAUUUUAUAUGCUUGCUAAGGAGCUCUAUCCUGGAACUUUUAAGCCUACAAUUUCACAUUAUUUCAUAAAACUGCUGGAGAACAAAGGUGUCCUUUUAAGGAACUACACACAGAAUAUUGAUACCCUUGAAAGAAUUGCAGGCUUGUCAAGUGAGAACAUUGUUGAAGCACAUGGAACAUUCCAUUCUGCUCACUGCAUUGAAUGUAGAAAAGAAUAUACCCAGGAAUGGGUUAAAGAUAAAGUUUUUAAGGACAAGAUUCCAAAGUGUUCAGCAUGUGAAGGAAUUGUCAAACCAGAUAUUGUGUUUUUUGGCGAGUCUCUUCCUAAAAGGUUCUUCAAUCUUGUGGAUAAUGAUUUACAUAAAUGUGACAUGCUGAUAGUCAUGGGUACGUCUUUGGUAGUGCAGCCAUUUGCUUCGCUGAUUGACAGGGUUCCCCUGACGACACCAAGGCUUCUUAUCAACAGAGAAAAGGCUGCUAAUAGGGGAGAUAUGUGGGGCAUUUUGAUGGGGACUGGUGGCUUUGCGUUUGAUGAAGAGCACAAUUACAGGGAUGUUGCGUGGCUGGGAGAUACUGAUGAUGGAUGUGUUGCACUGGCGGAUUUACUUGGAUGGAAGGAUGAACUUCUCUCUAUGGUCAAAACAGUUCACCAAAAGAUAGACGAAGAAAUUGCGCUCCAUAGCGAUACACCGGAGACCAAACAGCCCACUGCGAGCUCAGAGACAUCUACAGGAACAAACCAAACACAAGUAGCAAAAGAUUCUCCUAGCAGCCCCGAGAAAACAGAUCAAGGCGUAGAAGAGACAAAGGAUGACCUCGAUAAGAAUACAGAUCCAGAAACACAAGAAGGACAGACCACAGAUGAACAGACUGAAGAUGCCAAAGAAGGGGGAGAGAACCCUGGGAAAUCUAAUGUCACAGACACAGUAUCGAUCAGAGAAACUUCUGCUACAAGCCCUACAGGCGAUGAAGAUCCAUGUCUUGAUAACCCAGAGCCUUAGGAAGAGAAUGUUGAAAAAGGACUAUAAUACGCACUAUAUAAAAAAGCUAAACUGCAGGAACUAUUUUAAAAUGUUCAACAAAAAUUUUUUUUUUAGGAAUGCAUACUCGACAAUCAAAUUGAAUACCUAACAAUAUCGAAUACUUACCGAGUCCAACUUUGCGUUUGGUCAGCACGAGAACAACCAUAAGCAUAAAAAUUACAAAAUUAUGAAGCAAACCAUUUGGGCGACAUCUCUAGUGCCUUGAAUUGAAGUACUGACUGUAUGCAAGUAAAGAUAGCAUAUUACUACCUGUUAGUAAAGAUAGUAUAUUACUACCGGUCAAAGAAGGGCCAGAGUUUGAACUACAGUACCUGCGACUCAGAGAAUUAAAACAUAUUCUAACAGAAAAUUGCAACGCUAAAAGAGCAAACAAAAUAACGAUUUUAAAAACCAUAAGCAAUAGCAUUUUGAAAUUCUUAACUUUUCAUUCCAUUGUCAUAAAAAUUCAAGCCAAAUGGAAAAGUUACGUGACCAAAACGGCGGGAAAAGUCGUGUGUUCCAAAACGGUAGGGAAAAUGAAAAACGUGUGGAAUCCCAGCUCUAUUUGAUUAUUUGAAUCCACUCUUAUUUCCUUAGAUAAUAACAAUAUGCUUAUUCAAUCAUA